AUGUUUGGUGUGCCUCAAGGCUCCUGUGCUGGCCCAGUAAUCUUUACCUUGUAUAUCGCAGCAUUAAAUAGAGUUGUCAAGAAAUACCCGGCUCAGUUACAUGGUUAUGCUGAUGAUCAUAAAGUCGCUCUACAAAUUCAAGCUGUAAACAUAGAAAAUGAAACUUAUGUUCUUGAACAAUUAUCUGCUUGUUUGGAUGAUAUUUCUUCUUGGAUGGCAAAGUAUAAAUUGAAAAUAAACAAUGCAAAAACAGAGAUCAUUUUAUAUGGUACUACACAACAGUUAGCAAAGGUUGAUAUACCCGGUGUGAAUGUAGGUGGUUGUUUUGUCAAAUGUGUUGACCAUGUAAGGGACUUGGGUGUUUGCUUUGAUGCCAACCUUAGUUUUGACAGGCAUAUACGAAAAAAGUGUCAAAUAGCCUACUCUCAACUUAAGAACCUGAAAUCCAUUCGUAAGCAUCUGUCUCAGAAAUCAACGGAAAUACUAGUUCAUGGUUUAGUCAAUUCCCACAUCGAUUUUUGUAAUGGACUUUUUGCAGAAAUACCAGUUUUAUCAAAUAGAUCGACUUCAGAGACUCCAAACCAGGCUGCUCGGGUAGUAAUGAAUGUGUAUGACCAACCUAGUGCUGAUCUCAGAAAAUCUCUACAUUGGUUACCAGUCAAGGCACGGAUUAUGUUUAAAGUAAUUCUUAUUGUUUUCCGAGUAAUACACGGAACAGCUCCAACGUAUCUCAUAACUUUGUUUAAUUGUGUGAGAAGAAAAUACAGUCUAAGAUCAGCUGCUGAUGACACUUGUACACAGUUUGUUGUGACAAGACGCAGGACCAGACUUGCUGACAGAUCUAUUUCUGUCAUGGGACCUAAAUGGUGGAACGCCCUACCAAAAGAAUUAAAGUGCAUUGCAUCGGAAAUUGCAUUCAGAAAAAGACUGAAAGCACACCUCUUUGAACAAUUUUAUGGAUAA